AUGAGGCACUACCGGAAUGAGUUGGUGAGACAGCUUGCCGAGGAUACGACCUUCAACGACCUCCCCAAAGUGCUCGUGGGUCGUCUGUGCGGAGAAGCAGUGAUGCAAGGAGCGCAAAUCUUCGCUCCUGGGAUCGCAGCAGCUCCAUACAGUAUGAACCAGGGAGAUCUGCUGGCAGUCUACGGAAAGCAGCCGAAGGCGACUGAUGUUGUCAUUGACACCUCCAAGUCUGUUUUUCUUGGAAUUGGGCGAGCGUGCAUGAACAGGAAUGGAAUAUUCGGGAAAGAUCCAAGGGGGAUCGGGAUUGAGGUUCGGAGAGGAAGGGAAUGGAGAGGAGGGAGCAACAGAAAAAGGGCCUGGAGCGCGUCCCGAUCCUCGAGGCUGCAGGCUGAUUCCCUCCACCAACUCCAGCUGUACCAGCGGCAGAUGAUCAGACAGGCUGUGAUGGCGCUGAAGCCUGGGGGUAGGCUCGUUUACUCGACGUGCACGCUGAACCCUCAAGAGAACGAGGGGAACGUGGCAUGGAUGUUGAGGAACUUCGACGUGCAGCUAGUUGAACAUCCUCUCGCUUCCCUCGGGCUGCAUGGCAUGAGCUGCCCGGGCCUCGAGGACGACGACGCCCGCAAGCUGGAAGACGUCGAUCUCUUUCCCGGCUUCUUCGCUGCUUGUCUACAGAAACUUCAGUGA